AAUUCAGUUUUAGUUAAACCGUGAAUGAAUUCACAACUUGAUCUACAAUUGAACGCAAUACACAGUGAGUUAGUGAGUGAGUAAGAUUAGAAGACAAUGAAAUUUUGUUUGAGUUUGCUUUUGGCACUGGCCGUGUGUCAGCUGACACUGGCUGCUGGUCCCAAUAUGGUUUGCUUUUAUGAUGCAUCCAGUGUGGAUAGAGAUGGUUUAGCUAAGUUUUCAACGCCAGAUAUUGAUAUUGCUUUACAAUUUUGCACACAUUUAAUCUACGGUUAUGCUGGUAUUAAUUCCGAGAAUUUCCAUUUGAAAAGUUUAAAUACUCAACGUGACCUGCAGCGACGUCACUUUGCAACUAUAACUGAUAUGAAAGAGAAAUUCCCUAAUAUUAAAAUCUUGUUGAGUGUUGGAGGCGAUAAAGAUUUUGAAAAUCCCGACAAAUAUGUGCAACUCUUGGAGGGAGGCGCCGAGAAACAUAGGGCUUUCGCUGAAUCAGCUCGUGAACUAUUGCGUAGUUAUAAUUUUGAUGGUUUGGAUUUGGCCUUCCAAUUGCCACGCAAUAAACCUCGUAAGGUACACUCCAGUGCCGGCAGUGCUUGGAAAUCCUUUAAGAAACUUUUCACUGGAGACUUUGUUGUUGACGAGAAAGCCGAUGAGCAUAAAGAACAAUUUACCAAUUUUGUAGGCACUUUAAAAUCGAUAUUUAGUCCAAAUAAUCUUAUGAUCACCUUAACGGUUUUACCAAAUGUUAAUUCUACUUGGUACUUUAAUGCUGCAGCAUUGGAAAGUCAUUUGGACUUUGUUAAUUUGGCUGCUUUUGAUUUUACUACACCCACACGCAAUCCCGAGGAAGCUGACUACACCGCUCCACUUUAUCCCAUACCUUUGGAAGGUAAUCGCCAGCCUCAUUACAAUGUCGAUUUCCAAGUUGACCAUUGGAUUUCUCAACGUUUCCCUCAUAAUAAAAUUAAUGUCGGCGUUGCUAGUUAUGGUCGUGCUUGGAAAAUGACAUCAGAUUCCAAUGCUAACGGUAUCCCUAUUGUAUCGGACACCAAUGGAGCUGCUGAUCCCGGACCACAAACACAACAAGGUGGCCUUUUGAACUGGGCUGAGGUUUGCUUGAAAUUGCCUAACCCCACUAAUGUUGGUAAAUCGGGAGCUGAUGCUCCUUUGCGCCGCGUUGCUGAUCCUACAAAGAAAUACGGUACUUAUGCCUUCCGUCCAGCCGAUGAGAAUGGUGAACAUGGCAUGUGGGUCAGUUAUGAAGAUCCCGAUACUGCUUCGACAAAGGCUGCCUAUGUUAAGACCCGCAGCUUGGGCGGUGUGGCCUUGUUCGAUUUGAGUCUGGAUGAUUUUAAUGGUCAGUGUACGGGCGAUAAAUUCCCCAUGUUAAGAGCUAUGAAAUAUCGAUUGUUGUAGAUGUAUAUUUGUUAUUAACCAAAUCAAAAUUUAUAGCUAAAAGCUUUAGUUAAAAAUUUUGAAAAAAAUAUAAUAUAAUUUACGAACGAAUUUUUUUGUAAUAAGAA